AUGUCUGGACCAUUGGGUGGCCAUCAAGGCUACACGAAAACCUUUGGACCAGCUGGCAGGGGCAAGAAACGAUUCGUGACGAAAGGCUUCAAGCUUGGAAGCUAUGUCAUCAUCAAGUACAAGCUUGGACAUGAGGCAUUCAUUGAGUAUGAAGGCAAGAUUGUGGACAAGAGGGUGGGCAGUGAGGACAAAGAGUCCUACGUGGAGCUUAAAGACUGCCUGACGUUGAAUACAGACGGAAAAAUUAUCGCCAUCGACAAACUGAAGCGGCUCACAGAUUCCUUCAUCGAGGAGUGCCGCUUCGCGGAGAAGCGAGAAACCACGCCUCAAGUGGAGGUUGCUCCCGAGGGAGAGGCCGAAGUGUCGGAGGAAGCAGCUGGCAUUAUGAUGCCCGGAAUGAUGCCUAUGAUGCCUGGAAUGAUGAUGCCACCGAUGAUGAUGCCUCCCACCAUGAUUCCUGGGAUGCCUGGCGUCUUGCCUAUGAUGCCAGCAGUUGUCCCCAUGAUGCCCAUGAUGAUGCCGGGGAUCGCGGUGGGCAAUCAGGAUCAGGUCGCAUCUGCUUCAGGGAAUGCUGCGCCAAGCAGAAGUAGAAGUCGAAGCAGAGGCUGA